AGAGUCACUGCUAACACUUGAUAGUAACAAAGGAGGGGCCCAAGAGAUUCGGAACUACGACGGGAAACACACUUCCUCGCUCGAUGGUAAUCACCUCCCCGCUUGCCUGCCCCUCAUAACCCGUAGUUAUUACAUGAGAGCACUCAUUCUGGCUUUCUAAGUGAUUGUAUCACAUAGUUAAAUUGCCCCCGUGUGCCAUCGCAUUCUCUACUAACGCAGCGUUUUUAAUGUUUGGGAUUCAGGAUAGCCUGCCUUCACGGGGCCCUGUGACUAAUCUUAAGGAAGAGCCGCUCUCAAGUCAGCUAGGGAACGUACGAAACUGGAUGCAGCCCACAGUGGUCGACCAGGGUGCCACGAGCAGCACCCUGACCCGUGCACACUUUGAGAAGCAGCCGCCAAGCAACCUCCGGAAAAGCAACUUCUUCCACUUCGUGCUCGCACUCUACGACAGACAGGGCCAACCUGUCGAGAUAGAGCGGACAGCCUUCAUUGACUUCGUGGAGAAGGAUGUGGAGGUCGAGGGACAGAAAACGAACAAUGGAAUACAUUACAGACUCCAGCUGCUAUUCGCAAAUGGUGUGCGGCAAGAGCAAGACUUAUUUAUACGACUCAUUGACUCAGUCACAAAAACGGCCAUUGCAUAUGAAGGCCAGGAUAAAAAUCCAGAAAUGCGCAGGGUACUACUUACACAUGAAAUUAUGUGCAGUCGAUGCUGUGAUAAAAAAAGUUGUGGAAACAGAAACGAAACUCCAUCAGAUCCUGUCAUAAUAGAUAGGUUUUUCUUAAAAUUUUUUAUGAAAUGCAAUCAAAAUUGCUUAAAAAAUGCAGGAAAUCCAAGGGACAUGCGAAGAUUUCAGGUUGCCAUAUCAACGACAGUUCAAGUGGACGGCCCCCUGUUGGCAGUGUCAGAUAACAUGUUUGUACACAACAAUUCAAAACACGGCAGAAGAGCGCGGCGGUUAGACCCAACAGAAGGAGGAUGGUAUUAUAGUCCCGGUAGUCAAGGCGAAAACAAAUCUCCAGUGGCUCUACCUACAGCAACUCCCUGCAUAAAAGCCAUUUGUCCGAGCGAGGGAUGGACCACAGGUGGUACGACGGUUAUCAUCAUAGGAGACAACUUCUUUGACGGACUACAAGUCGUAUUUGGGACGAUGUUAGUAUGGAGUGAGUUAAUCACAUCACAUGCCAUCAGAGUGCAAACUCCACCACGUCACAUUCCAGGGGUCGUAGAAGUCACAUUAUCAUACAAAUCAAAACAGUUCUGCAAAGGUGCUCCAGGUCGCUUUGUAUACACAGCUUUAACAGAACCCACAAUAGACUAUGGCUUUCAGAGACUCAUGAAGUUAGUGCCACGCCAUCCAGGAGACCCAGAAAGAUUACCAAAGGAAAUCAUCCUGAAGCGAGCAGCCGACCUAGCCGAGGCGUUAUACAGCAUGCCGCGGAAUCCCAACCAGCUCUCCCUGCCCGCGCCCCGGUCGCCCAGUAUGAACAACACAUCAGGGUUCAACACAUACACUGGCCAACUUGCCGUCAGUGUCCACGACACGGCCAAUGGUCAGUGGGAGGAAGGUUACAACCGAAGUCAAAACUCCAGUGUUUCACCGCGAGGUUACGGCUCGAACGGUUCAACCCCACACAGCACGACGGCCAGCACGUAUAGUGGUGCUAGCGUAAAUGGUUAUGGUGCUGCCGGUGGACUGGGAGGCGUGGGAUCAACGAGUGAUUUCUUACAUGGAGCUGCAAAAUACCGAGAUGGGGUACAUUUUGGGAUGAGCAGUAUAGUAUCGUCACCAUUCUCAAGUAUGAAUCCAUUCGCAUUGCCCACGUGCGGCAGUCAAACCUACGGCAGCCCGAUAGUCACACCCGCAAAAUAGAACAAAAUCUACGAAUAAGAACUCUAUGCCAAUCACGGCCUACAGAAGGCCGGGACUUUUCAAAGUGGGGACUUACCCCACUGAAUCAAAACUUUCAGGAUAAAAGUUUACACAAGUGUUUCUUCCUCUAUCGGAGUCUUUGUAUAUAUACAUUGGUCUUCUUUCAAAUGGUGGCUUAAAGUGGUCCUCUCCCUGAUGGGAUUCUGGUCCAUAUUUUUUUCAUUGUGUGUACUGUUAACCGCCUAAUUUUUGCAGCUCUCUUCAAGCGAUUUGCGAUAAGUUCCAAAAAAAUAUUUUGUUGGACUAUGAAAUUUCUUUCGGUUUUUCCGGUCAAAACUUUUUCCGUGAAAGAAAAAUCCAUGAAAACAAAACACUGGAGUAGAUUUUUCAGUAAUUGCUUACAGCAUGGUUGUGUCAUUAUGUCCUUUAAAUACAUCUGUGAGAACAACAGUUUACAGAUGUCAUUCCAGAUUAGUACAUCAGAUCGCCUGGCUGGCAUCAGGCCAAUAACUUAACCAUCUUGACCCUCAAUGUAUUGACAUUUCUCAGCUUACAGACAGCGCGCGUCAAUACGCGGAGGCUACGGAGGCAAUAACGCUGGAAGUUCAGUAUGGGGUUAACUUAAAUUUUGGUAACUUUUGUGUGCUGCAUAAUCUUGGGAAGAAAAUAGAAUCCCGGGAGAAUGAACAGCCAUUCUGAAACAGACUUUCCUGAUCUAUUUUCAAGUCCAUCAUUAGGGACGUUCUGCACGCCUUUAUCUCUGACACUAUAGGUUUUCAGUACUCGUAUUGAAAUUAUUUCAACUGAUGUUUGGCCUCAUCGCUUGUAAGUGAAGAAAAAAACAAGCCAACUUAAGGCGAGAUAAUCUGUAUACAGGGUGUCUCAAAUGUUUUAUUUGUUUGUUCUGAGCAGAUAUGUGGGUUAUCCUGGACUUAGGUGGUCCAUUGAAAGUUUAAUCUUUCAAAGUUCCAAUUUCAACUUAAUGAACUUGCCGCUAGUGUUGAUAGUAACCAUAAUAUUGACCACUGACAGGAUGAGAUGUUGAGAGAUAUUUUUGAAACACCCUGUACUAUCAGCAGCUUGUUUCAUGUGAGAUCAAGUGAGCAUUAAAAUUGACUGUUUUAUUGAAUAUAGAUGAAAAUGGUAUACAUUAUUUUAUUCAUAGGUUUUGAUUAAAUUGAAUCUAGUCAAUGAGAGCUUACCAUGACGUAGGAAGCCAUGUAGAUACUUUCGUCUUAUCGUAUUAUGACGUUUUCUGCUCAGUCAAAAUUUCAGACAGGGUCAAUCUUAAAUAUUAUGAAUUAUGUCAUUAAAUGACUGUGUGUAAUCUGGUACCCCUAUUUUCUUUGCACAUUUCAUCCAAACCAUUGUACUUUAUUGGAUUCAUGUAGAAAAUAGGGGUGUCAAGUUGAAAUGUCCUAAGCCUGUGUAAAGUUCAUGCAGCUUGGUCCAUAAAUCAUAUCGAGGGAUUUUGUACCUGAAAGAUCAUUAGUUAAGAUUCAAUUCUUUGAGAAAUGAAGUACAUGUACAUGUAAGGCAAGAUAGUACAGGUAUAGCCACUUUGUACAGUAAUGUGCACUGCCAGCUGUGUAGUCGCUCUAUUUGUGCCAUUUUACCCUUCCUGUUGCAUGGGUGCAGGACAGUACUCCAUAGUGUUAAUGCACCGACUUCUACACAAGUUUGGGGAGCAGUGCUGCAGUAAAUGUGACAAGAAAUCUUCAGGGUCACGCCCUUGUCAAAAGAAAUGAGGAACCUUUAUCACAUUCAUAGUGUAUUACAUAAUGAUUUCGGGGAAUUUUUUACAUGAAAUAUGGGGUUGAGAUUAUUACUUGGGGUUUGCUCCUGAAGUGUACCUAAUAAUUAUACACUGUCACUUUUUCUGCAGAUAUAAUGCAUACCUCAGUUUUAUAUUUCUAUAUGAAGUGCACAUCGGAUCUUAAUGCAUAUUGUGUGUAUAAAGUUUUUAUCUUUGAAAUAUCUCCAUACAUUUUUCUUGUCGACUGUACAAAUGAGUAAUGUCUGUAUCAAUAUUUAUGUUCAGAUUAUUGUUUAACAAGGUGUUUUCGGGAAAAAUUACUACCCAAAGAACGGAAUCUCGUUCAUUUGGUUUAGCUAUGUGUAGGUUUCCCCCAGCAUCCCUCCUCAGUGAUAUACUCAGUAUGUAACCAAGAUUAGGCCAACCACGAACUUUAAAAAGUAAUGCCUACAGCAAUUGAGCUAUUUGAAAUGUUCGGCGACAAUAUCAAACUGAAACAUGAAAUUAUGAAAAUGUGUCCAUAGAUGUUGAUACAGACUUUCGAUUUUCUUCUAAGCAAUUUUAAACGACCAAUAGUGAAUUAAAGUCUUUUAAUUUCUAUCUUCUUAAAGUUUGCAUACGUACUGAUCUCAGAGUCUUUGUAAAUAUUGCACUUACCUUGGUGUUGUAGCUCAAUGCCUAUAACAGGCAUGACCUGGUUCUUAUAACUUGGUAUGGCGAUUGGUGAUGGUGCAGCCAACACCAUUCCGUGAAAACGUAUGGAACCAGGAUUGCGAUGUAUUGCAACCCUUUUGCUGGAUGAUCCGUAGAACAUUCAUCAGAUAUUAACCAAUAGUGAUAUUUCGAAGUUAUAUCGCUCCACUUGAUUGAAACUCACUGCUUAGCUGCCAACAGCGUAGGCAAUUAGGUAGCAGAUUCACGAAACCACAUCAGAAUGGUGUUGGCUUCGAGUCAUAUUACGCCAAUAUUUGAGUUAGAAAAGCAACAUCAGUGAAGGCCAAGGAUCAAGGCUACAAAUUGACGCAUGUUUUGUACCCAGUUGUAAAUAAGUCUGGAUAUUAUUUUAUGAACAGUCUGUAAUUUAUUUCGUUUUGUCUAUUUAUGUAGAAAUACCUCAGAAAUUAACAUAAGCCUAGAUGUUCUUGCCAUUUUAGGAAAUGGUUUUACAGAAGAUUCCUAGCUUUAAGUUUUUAGCUCCUUUUCUCAGUAUAAUGUAUUGAAAUUCUUUCAAGCUCGAUGUUUACAGUCGAUUUUUCUAGUCUGGCGGCAAAUUGAUACUUAAAGGUGACUAGCGUUGUGAGAAUUGUUUAUUCUAUUGCUUUUAAAGAAACGGACAAUGAAUAACCUUCUGGAAGUCCAUUUUUACCCUUCAUGGCACCUGGGUCAGGGCUUGUCCCUCUUUACCAAUAAAGUUGUUUUCAUUGUCGCACUGUAGCCAAUAACGGUGAGUUAGGUACAGAAGUGGAUUCAAGGGAGGGGCAGGGUAGGGUGUCCCCCUUAUCAAAGAGAUAUUUGCUAUCGACCAUUUAUUUUGCCAAAUUGAACCCAAAAAAAUUUUGAGGGUACACCCACUGAAAGGCCCUGGGCACUCUUCAUUUUCCUCUAUCUGCCCCUGGACAUCAAGCAGAAUCAGGAUGUCCAAAGGUCAUCUUGAUAGAGAACAAUAUAUCUUUAAGACAGUGCUGAGGUUCCCAAAACCAUGGUCAAUUGGUUAUCUGGAUUCUGACAAGUAGUUCCUCAAUUUAUUUAUCAGAUUUAUAUUUACUCCUCAAAUUAAAAUGUAUUUUACUUUAUUUGAUACUCAGAUCUAUUGAAUACCCACCAAAGUGGCAUACCAUGACAGUUGGUUAUUUGCAUAACAAUGACAAGAGCACCCUUCUCAGUCAAAAUCCAUGACAUUUCCAUUCGAAAGGUACUGACUUCGACAUUUCCAUUAAUUUCCCCUUAAUGAAGCCGACCAUAGUCAACUUUUUAAAGUAAGUAAUUGGAUUUCUCAAUAAAAUACCUUGGUUUUACAAGUCGAAAAAAUCAACACCACACAGUUAGAAAGUGAAGGUCAAUCUUUGACACUGUUUAAAGUGAAUCUUUCUGAUUUGCAAAUUACCCAUCUAACUCUUGGGCAAUAUCAAUCCUGUUGUACAUUAUGCAUGCCUUCAUUUUAAUUUCAAUGCAUUUCUCUACUGGUAAUGUACACAAUUUAUAUGUAACAGAUAUUUAAAUUUGGCUGUAUUUAAUGGAGAUUUUUCAUUGUCAAUUUGCAAUUUUAAAUCUUUAAAAUAUAUUGAUAUAUGU